AUGUCAGACCAACAGCGACCGCAGCAAAAUACACCGUCACUAACACCAGUGGCAUCUUCGUACACGAUCACAUACAAGAUCAUUCUCGUCAGCAUCGUAGGCUUGCUCUUCGCUCUGCUCUUUGCACAACGCUCUACGGUUCCAACUUCACCCUCCUCCUCCUUCAGCGCUAGCAACACUUCUACCAUCACGGCGAUGACGUCGGCUAUCCAAGCAGCCAAGCUUUCGGUGACCCCGCGCAGGUGGCACGCACGAGGACACGCCGACCACGGGUGGCUCAAGACGUUCCACACGUUCAGCUUUGCGUCGUACUACGACCCGGCACACAUGUCGUUCAGCAACCUGCGCGUGAUCAACGAGGACCGCGUGGCGGCGGGGACCGGGUUCGGCACGCACCCGCACCGGGAAGCCGAGAUCUUCAGCGUCGUGCUCGACGGCGCGCUCGAGCACCAGGACAGCAUGGGCAACACCGAGAUCCUCAAGCGCGGCGAUGUGCAGUUCACCUCGGCGGGCACGGGCAUCCGCCACAGCGAGAAGAACGGCGGCAAGACGCCCGUGCACUUUUUGCAGAUCUGGUACACCCCGGAUGUGUCGGGCUUGCAGCCGAGGUACUACACGACGCACGCGAGCGACGAGAGCAAGCGCGAUACGUUGAAGACGCUCAUCAAGCCCAUCUCGACGUUUAGCGCAGAAGAUGCGGCCAAGACGGGCCUGCUCCCGCCCGGUUCCCCCAUCCCCUCCCACUCUACACUUGUCACGCGCGCAUCCAUCCUCUCCCCCGGCUCCUCCGUCACCCACGUCCUCGGCGCAGACUCGGCGGCAAAACAGGGCGACGAGCGGUGGUGUUACAUCCACCUCGCCCAAACUUCGGGCUACAAGGACCCCGACUUUGCCGACAUGGGCAUCAAAGGCGAGGCCCAGAUCACAUUCGCCGACGGGAACGGCAAGGAGUACACCCUCAAGGAAGGCGACGGCGCGUAUAUCCGCGAGGGCAAGGCCGGGGAUGGCAUCGAGAUCAAGAACACGGGCACAGGUAAGGAUGCCGAGUUUGUACUCUUUGACUUGAAGCCUCAGAGUGGCAGUUCGCUGUGGUAA